UGUCAGUUUCCUCUGUCUUCCUCCACAGCUACACUCCUCUGGAUCAGCCACUUUUCCUCUGGUUCAGAUGAGUGCUACCUUUAAUUGAUUGCAUGGUGGAAGAAGAGGUGGGAGAAACAUACUGAAAGGCUAUAAAUACACCAUUAAAAUACAAACCAAAGAUGCAGGGAAUGGAUUUUGAGGAUAAGAAGUCCAAGAGGUAUUGCAUGAAGAAAAAGCAUGUGGCCAUCAUCUGUGCAGUAGUGGUUGCAAUAGGUUUAGCUGUGGGACUUGGCGUGGGAUUAAGCAGACCUGAGCCUUGCCAACCUUCCGGAGGCACAGAACAGCCAGCAACCACUAUCCCUGGGACAGUGGAGCCACACUACUGCCCUCCCAAAAAUGAUGCGAGUGGAGAAUGGACAAAUUUCAGGCUACCCACUUACAUUAACCCAGAACACUACGAACUGGAAAUGAAGCCUGAAAUGGAUGCAGAUAUCUACACAGGGACAGUCAACAUCUCCAUCAAGUUAGAUACACCUACCAAGUACUUGUGGCUUCACCUCCGAGUGAUCAAGAUCACAGAGAUGCCCAUGCUCUGGAAAGCCUCAGGGCAGCAGAUUGCACUGACAGAGUGUUUUGAAUAUGAACAACACGAAUAUGUGGUGAUGGAGUCAAAAGAGAUGCUCUCUGCUACUACUAAAAAUGACACCUAUCUACUAACCCUGAAGUUCCAAGGCUGGCUGAAUGGCUCCCUGGUUGGAUUUUAUAGAACCACCUACACUGAGAAUGGAGUGACCAAGAGCAUUGCAGCUACUGAUCAUGAGCCAACAGAUGCACGGAAAUCGUUUCCUUGCUUUGAUGAGCCGAACAAAAAGGCAACUUACACCAUAUCUAUCAUCCAUAAAGAACCAUACAAAGCACUUGCAAACAUGCCAGUAGAGCAAACAGUUCAACUGCAUGAUGGCUGGAUCAGGACAACUUUUCAGAAAUCUGUCCCAAUGAGCACGUAUUUGGUGUGCUUUGCUGUGCACCAGUUUGAUUGGGUAGAAAGAAAGUCUGCCAGUGGAAUUCCUCUCCGGAUAUAUGCACAGCCACAGCAAUUACACACAGCAGAAUAUGCAGUAAAUGUUACUAAAGUUGUAUUUGACUACUUUGAAAAGUAUUUUGAUAUGAAGUAUUCUCUUCCAAAAUUAGAUAAAAUAGCUAUUCCAGAUUUUGGUACUGGUGCUAUGGAAAACUGGGGUCUGAUCACUUACAGAGAAACAAACCUACUUUACGAUCCCAAAGAAUCUGCUUCAUCCAACAAACAGAGAGUAGCAGCUGUGAUUGCCCAUGAGCUCGUUCACCAGUGGUUUGGAAACAUUGUGACCAUGGACUGGUGGGACGACUUGUGGCUAAAUGAAGGAUUUGCCAGUUACUUUGAGUUCCUGGGAGUAAAUGCUGCAGAAACCGAUUGGCAAAUGCUUGAUCAGGUGUUAAUUGACGACGUGCUGCCUGUGCUGAAAGACGACUCCUUGUUAUCUUCUCACCCUAUUGUGGUCAGUGUGUCAUCUCCAGCUGAAAUAACAUCUGUAUUUGAUGGCAUAUCAUACAGCAAGGGAGCAUCAAUUCUCAGAAUGCUUCAAGAUUGGAUUACACCAGCAAAUUUUCAAAAAGGAUGUCAGAACUACCUAAAGAAAUACCAUUUUCAGAAUGCAAAGACAGAUGAUUUCUGGGAAUCCCUGGCACAGGCAAGUGGUAAGCCAGUGAAGGAAGUGAUGGACACCUGGACCAGGCAGAUGGGAUACCCUGUAUUGAGUGUGGACGCUAAUUCGAAGGUCACACAGAGACGUUUUCUGUUGGACCCCUCAGCAAACACUUCUGAACCGACUUCUGCACUAGGUUACACAUGGAAUAUCCCAGUGAAAUGGUAUGCUGGAAACGAAACAGACGUUACAUUCUACAAUAAGUCAGAAUCUGCAGCCACCGGAAUUACUAUAACACCCAGCAACCCUGAUUCUUUACUGAAAAUAAAUCAAGACCACAUUGGAUUUUAUCGUGUAAAUUAUGAAACACAAACUUGGAACAACAUAGCCAAUAAUCUGUUUAUCAACCAUCAGUAUUUCUCUUCUGCUGAUCGUGCCGGGCUUGUGGAUGAUGUGUUUUCUUUGGCAAGGGCUGAACUUUUGAAUUAUGCUGUUCCACUGAAUCUAACAAAAUAUCUACAAAAUGAAGAGGACUAUUUACCUUGGCAUAGAGUUAUAUCAGCUGUAUCUUACCUCAGAGACAUGCUUAGAGAUGAUACAGAGCUCUACCCCAAGUUUAAGGCAUACUUUCGCAGUUUGGUUAAACCCAUUGCAAGUAAGCUGGGUUGGAACGAUGAUGAAACUGGAAGCCAUGUGAUGAGGCUUCUUCGUGCAGAUGUUUUAGGAUUUGCAUGCAGAAUGGACGACCCGGAUGCUUUGAAUAAUGCAUCUAGCUUAUUUUAUUCCUGGUUAGAUGGCUCAAGUCCAUCUGUAAAUCUCCGGCUCUUGGUAUAUCGCUAUGGGAUGCAGAACUCCGGCAAUGAGACAUCAUGGAAUUAUAUGUUUCAGAAAUACCAAAUUACUUCAUUAGCUCAAGAAAAAGAAAAGUUGCUCUAUGGUCUGGCAUCAGUGAAGAACAUCACCCUUUUGGACAGGUAUCUAAAAUAUAUUUACAACACCAGUCUUAUUAAAAGUCAGGAUGUGUUCACAGUCCUGAGAUACAUCUCCUAUAACAGCUACGGCAAAACCAUGGCUUGGGACUGGAUACGGCUCAACUGGGAAUACUUAGUCAGCAGGUACACUAUCAACGAUAGAAAUCUUGGUCGAAUAGUAUCAAUAACCCAAACAUUCAACACUGACCUUCAGCUUUGGCAGAUGGAAAAUUUCUUUGAAAAAUACCCUAAUGCUGGAGCAGGAGAAGCACCCAGGAAACAGGCUCUCGAAACAGUAAAGAACAAUAUUGAAUGGCUAAAACAAAACAAGGGAGAGAUAGAAGCAUGGCUAACAAUUUAAUGUUUUACUUCCAAAGUUGCGAAGAAUUAAAAACAUAUCGUCUUAAUUUUAUGCACUUAUUGUUUCUUACAUGAACAUUUGGGAAUCCAUUUACAAAUGCUGUCUCUGAAUCCUACAAACACUUAUGCACUUGAAUAACUUUACUCAUGUAAGAUAAAUAAGACUACUUGUAAGAGUAAAGUUACUCAUGUUAUAAGCAAUUGCAGGAUUGGACUCCUGUUUGUACCUCCUACCUACUGCUUUGAAAAAAGCAUCCCUUUGUUUAUGUAGAAAGAAACCCAUUUAAGAGUAUUUAAAACACUCAGGGAUACCUUUCCAAGUGUAUUUUACAGGUGGUUUAUUCCAACAAUAAUUUGAACUUGUUUUAAAAUCAUUUUAUAUAUUUAUACUUGUAGAAAAGACACAUCAUGUGGGAUUUAGCUUUGCAUUCUUAGUACUAAAGAAAUGUCAGUUAAUUUUCAGAGGGUAGCCAUGUUAGUCUGGAUCUGUAAAAGCGGCAAAGAGACCUGUGGCUUAAGGUGCCACAGGACUCUUUGUCAGUUAAUUUUGUUUCUCAAUUGAUUCUUGUCCUAAAAGUUUAAUUAUUGGUAUUCAAGGGAUCAAUAUUACCAACCUACUGUUUAAGUUUAUUAUUUGGGAUUCUGUAAUUUUUAUUUUUUUUUUCUCUCUAAAUCCUGCCAAAGUAACCAGCACCUGGGAUAGAAGUCACUAUAAGUUUUAGACAAGGAAAUGGCUACCUGUUACCUCUCUUUCCAUAAGAAGAGCCAAAACAAACAAGAACAACUAGUUAAGAGUGAGCGUUUCCUAGGAAAUAAGACUGGCCACCACUGCCUUUUUGAAAAACAUCAAUCACUGCUUCUUAAGAAUUUCAGAUUUGGCAAUCACUUUGAGACCUGCAGCCCAAGGAGGGGCAAAUCCAUCCCUGUGCUGGAGCUAGGGCUGGCCCAGGAACAUGGGGGGAAACAGAUUGUGCCUCCUCUAUCCAGGAACAACUGGAGGCCAGUUUGUCUCCCAAUGCAGGCUACUGAGUAGGCCUGAAAGUUGGCCAA